AUUGGUAAAAACACCAAUUACGUCAAGAAUUAUUCACGAAAUCGUACUUUUUCGAACGGGUUUUGUCUCACGUUGGCACAACUGUCGAGUGACGUUUCAAGAAAACGAAAAUUGAUCUUUAACUAGCCAAAAAGUAAUUAUCGGGCGUUUAAAAUGGCUUUAGCUUUAAUAUUACGCAACGCCCCCAAAAUACAAGCUGGGGCUUUCCAACAAAACUUGAUCAAAAGCAGCUCGAUUUUGAUGGUUCGGGACUUGGCCCCCGCACACAAACAACAUUCAACGUUGAGCAAACCCAGUCAUUCACUUAUAGCCCCCCAGAAAUUUUCACAAGUCAGGCUCAUGUCAGCAGACCACAGUAAAUUGUGGCCCAUGGAGAAGGCCCUCUCCGUGAGCAUGAUUGCCCUCGUACCUGCCGCUAUCGCAAUGCCAAAUAUCGUGUUUGAUAAUUUGCUCGCGGUGGCGUCUGUCAUUCAUUUUCAUUGGGGCUUGGAGGCCGUUGUUGUUGAUUACGCGAGGCCAAUUGUUGUCGGAAAUAUCCUUCCGAAGUUGGCCCUAGGCCUCCUUUACCUAAUCUCAGCCACGACUUUAGGGGGCCUUAUUUAUUUCAACAUCAAUGAUAUCGGUAUUGGGAAAACAAUCAGGAAAUUCUGGGCGAUUAAAGAGUAAACUCAGUCACUUGUGACUCUAUUAUUGCCUCCUCACACCUCUGUAAAUUACAAGAAAUUUUUAAUUUAUGAAUUAUUGUCAAUAAAUUAUCUAAAUCUACAA